AUGGCGCUGCUGCAGCUGCAUCCGCCGCCGCUGGCGGCGCUCGGUCGCUCCGUUCUCCCCUGCCGCCCGUUCCCCUCGGCGACCGCGACCGCCCGCCGCUCCCUCGCCUCGGUCGCCUUCUCGCUCCAGACCAACGUGCGCCUCCUCAAGCCCAACCGCCGCUCCCGGCGCUCCCGCUACCCCUACUACGACCUCGACGACGAUGAAGAGGAAGAAGAUGAGGAGUACGACGAGGACGACGAGAGCGAGGACGAUUUAUCAGGUUUGGAGUAUCCUGGUGUCCUUUAUACAAACAACCCGCGUGCUCCGAACAAGAGAGCAGGACGAAAAACACAACUGGUGAAAGAAAAUUGGGAAGGAAGGCGGCCCAAAACUCGUGAUAAACAUGCUAGUCCAGGAAGGUCUAAUUCCCUCCAGCCCAGGAGCAAAAUAAACAGAACAUUACUAAAUCUUACAAGCAUGAACAGUGAAGUAGAGUUGAAAAAUGAAAGCAUCUCUCGUAUUCUGUUUGAAAAAUUGCAAGAAGAAUAUGACUUUGAUGAUAAAUGGUUACCGCUUAUUGAUUACCUGUGCUCAUUUGGACUGAGGGAAUCCCAUUUUACUUACAUUUAUGAAAGACACAUGGCUUGCUUGCAAAUCAACCGGGCUUCUGCAGAAGAAAGGUUGGAGUUCCUUCUAAGUGUUGGUGUUAAAAGCAAGGAUCUGAAGAGGAUGCUGGUCAGACAGCCGCAAAUCUUGGAAUACACUCUCAGCAAUCUGAAGUCUCAUGUUGCUUUUCUGGCUGGCAUUGGUGUUCCGGAUGCACGUAUGGGGCAAAUUAUUUCUUCUGCCCCUUCAUUUUUAUCUUACAGUAUUGAGCAGUCCCUGAAGCCAACUAUAAGCUAUUUGAUUGAGGAAGUGGGUAUUGAGGAGAGGGAUGUGGGAAAAGUGGUGCAGCUAAGCCCUCAGAUUCUGGUGCAGCGAAUUGAUAAUGCGUGGAAAUCUCGAUUUCUUUUUCUCUCAAAAGAACUAGGGGCUCCCAAAGAUAGCAUUGUCAAAAUGGUCACAAAGCACCCACAGCUGCUUCAUUACAGCAUUGAGGAGGGCAUCUUGCCUCGAAUCAAUUUCCUUAGAAGCAUUGGCAUGAGAAACUCUGAUAUUCUCAAAAUAUUGACAAGUCUUACUCAGGUGCUAUCUUUGUCGGUGGAGAAAAAUCUCAAACCAAAGUAUCUUUAUUUGGUCAAUGACCUUAAGAAUGAGGCUCAAUCCCUGACGAAGUACCCCAUGUACUUGAGCUUGUCUCUUGAGCAGAGAAUUCGUCCCCGUCACCGUUUUCUUGUUUCAUUGAAGAAAGCUCCAAAAGGCCCAUUUCCUCUUAGCUCCUUUGUGCUUACAGAUGAGCGUUUUUGCCAGCGGUUGGCUGGGACGAGCUUAGAGAAGUACUUGGGAACGGAGGGAGUAGUAGGCUAUAGUAAAUUUUCUUCAGGGUUGUAA